AUGGAUAAGGAAAGUGCCAGUAAGGGACCUAAUUUGCAGGAGUCAGUUCAGGCUAAAAUCUCGGAGAUUGCUAAUUCAAAUAAGGAUCAAGUGUUGCUGCAAGAGAAGAAGUAUGGGGCUGCCUUGAGACCUUAUUCUCAGAUGGAAGCAUUCAGAUUGGCAAUGGAAGAGUGUGAACUCAGUGACUUGGGCUACAUGGGAGACAGAUUCACAUGGAGAAACAAUAGAGAGGGUCAGCAGUUUACAAAAGAAAGACUAGACAGAGGCCUUGCCAAUUCGAGAUGGCAAGAUCUAUUUCCUUCUCACUCAGUGUCUCAUGAGAUAGCUCUUUGUUCUGACCAUAGGCCCAUUGUGAUUAACGUGGCGAAGCAGAUGCUCUAUGAGCAUAGUAGUGAAAAACCCUUCAGAUAUGAAGCUAGUUGGGCUCUAAGAGAGGAUUGUUUGCAUCUUAUUAAGGAGGAAUGGAAAAAACCUAUGUUGGCUCCUCACAAACUAGCUCUGGUUACAAAAGGGUUACAAAGAUGCCAAGAUAAAUUGAAAAUUUGGGCUAAGGCUAAUUUUGGGAACACUAAGAGAUCCAUAAACAACAAGCUUUCUCAGUUAUCAAAAUUGCAGGAAUCUCAUAAGGGUGAGAGAGAUGACAGAUUUAAAAGCCUAAGCAAAGAGGUGGAGGGGCUUCUUGAGGAAGAUAAUUUGAAGUGGAAGCAAAGGGCCAAACAAAGAUGGCUACAAGAAGGGGAUAGAAACACUAAGUAUUUCCAUCAGUGUGCAAACCAAGGAAGGACCACCAAUUCUAUACAAAAAAUCAUCAAUGAUGAAGGGAAGGUUCUGACAAACCCAAAGGACAUUGGAUCUCAAUUUCAAAAGUUUUUUUCUGAACUUUUCUCUACAGAAUGCCCAAGUGGGAUUGAGGUAUGCCUGAAAACAUGA